GGGAAAAAUGGUCAGACCAGAGGACGCCGUAGACCAUUGACCGGUGACGGCAACCCCAAUAAACGCGUUCCACACCUCUCUCUCUCUCUCUCUCCCCGACACUAUAACAAAAUGAUAAUCCCAAGACUCUCGCUCCCUUGCAUGAUUAAAACAAGUGUCCGUUCCAGAUCUGUGUGAAUCCCUCAGAUCUGAUCCUACAAACAACCGCUCUUUAGUCUUUCCAUGGAGUCUGAGCAGCAGCGGCGCAAGCGAAAGCGCUUCUACAGGUCCUAUGCUUACACGAAGUUAUUGUCUCUGAGGUCUCUGCUGCUCUCUUCCACCACCUUUGUGUUUCUAUUCUUCAUAUGCUCCCAUCGGUUUACGUUUCAUACGGCGUCGUUUCACCCUGCGGUCCGUGUAUCGUCGUCUCUGUCACUCUCGUUGAGCCGCCUAGUUCUAGAUUCUUCUAGUAUUAAUACUAAUAUACAGCUGCCUAUAAGAGUGGAGGACCGGGUCGUGUUCACGGAUCAUUUGUUAUUAAUAGUUUCUGAUAAAAUCAUCGAUCAGAGCUUAGUUUUGGAAUGUUUGUACUACUCGAACGAUUCGGUAAAUCGACAGGUUAUCUCGCAACGCGCCUUCUCUUUCGAUGAAUUUCAGGAGCAUAAGUCAAUCGUGAGAUGUCCUCUGCCGCGGACGAAUUACUCUUCUCUGGUGACUUUGAAGAGGACUGGCGACGUGGCUGAUGCUGAUUGGUCAAGGCAGAUGGUGAAGAACCAGUCGGUUCUUUAUUGGGAUAGAUUGGCGUAUGUGGCGGCCUUAGAUGGAAAUUCUGUACUCGUCUUUGUCAAAGGAUUAAACCUUCGGCCACAUAGAGAAUCCAAUCCAUCGCAGCUUCUCUGCAAAUUUGGUUUUGGGAGUUUGGAGAAAGACCAAGGAUUUGUGUUUACUGCCAAGGCAAUUAAGGCUGCACAGGAGGUGGUGCGGUGUCUGUUGCCUCGCAGUAUCCGAAACAAUGCUGAUAAAGCUCAGGAGGUUCGGGUCACAGUAGUUCACGCCAACGAUGCUGUGCCUGUACCGUCCAUGGCUAGAAUUCAUGAUUUGAAGUCCUCGAAGAUAAUUCAGGGGCAAAAGUAUGAACUCUGUGCGUGCACCAUGCUUUGGAACCAAGCCUUUGCACUUAGGGAAUGGAUUAUGUACCAUGCCUGGCUUGGUGUUGACAGAUGGUUUAUCUAUGAUAACAAUAGCGAUGAUGGGAUUGAAGAGGUGAUCGAUGAGCUUGAAUUGAAGAAUUAUAACGUUAGUAGGCAUGUAUGGCCGUGGAUUAAAUCCCAAGAAGCAGGUUUUUCGCACUGUGCUUUGAGAGCAAGAAGUGAAUGCAAGUGGGUUGGAUUCUUUGAUGUUGAUGAAUUUUUCUUCUUCCCUCCUCAAGGUGGAAGACAAGUGGUUUCAAGUCAAAAUGGUUUGCGAUCAUUGAUUGCGAAUUACUCUUCAUCAUCAAAUACAAUUGCUGAGAUAAGAACAGAUUGCCAUAGCUUUGGACCAUCUGGGUUGAGCUCUCACCCCCUUCAAGGUGUCACCGCAGGGUACACUUGCCGGUUACAAAGCUCUGAGCGACACAAAUCUAUUGUUCGUCCAGAAGCACUUGAUCUUUCUCUUCUUAACAUAGUGCACCACUUUAAGCUCAGGGUGGGAUUCAGGUAUUUGAAUGUACCUGAAACAACUGCUGUCAUAAACCACUACAAAUACCAGGCAUGGGAGACCUUUAAAGCCAAGUUUUACAGAAGGGUUUCUAGUUAUGUUGUUGACUGGCAAGAGGAUCAAAAUAAAGGUUCAAAAGAUAGGGCACCUGGGUUGGGAACUGAGGCUGUUGAACCUCCAGAUUGGGGGAGAAGGUUCUGUGAAGUGUGGGACACUGGCCUUAGAGACUUUGUUUUGGCCAACUUUGCUGAUGCAGCAACUGGGUUCUUGCCCUGGGAGAGGUCUUUAAGGUAACAAUUCGAAGAAACUAGGGGUGCUUGCAACUUAUUUGGUACCCCGUGUAAAGAGUGACAACACUUGUAACAUUCAUUCUUUUCUUUUCUUUUUUGUAUUCGACUUCGAUUCUUAUAGAAAGAUAGAUAUGCAAAGAAUUCUUUACAAGGUUCUGUAAAUUCUUGGCUAGAAAUGAAAUCUCAUUACAAGAUUCCAUUUU